AUACAAAUUUCGCCCAUUAACACGUGCUCUUUCGUGUUAGGUGCUAUGGGUGGAUUUCUUACUAAACCUAUUACUGAUAAGACAGUAACAAAUGGAACUAUCGGCGUCUCUGACAAAGAGUGUCAGUACGGGACGGCUACCAUGCAAGGAUGGAGAGAGAACAUGGAAGAUGUGAUAACUGUUGUAACUGAUUUUGAUGAUAAAUGUUCUUUUCUUGGAGUAUUUGAUGGACAUGGCGGUAAAGAAGUAUCUGUCUAUUGUUCGAGGCACCUCCCUGGGUUUUUAAAGGCGAGUGUUGGGUAUCAAGAUGGAGAUGUGUCUCGGGGUUUCUGUGAAGCUUACAUGAACUGCGACAGGAAACUAUUAACCGAAGACGCACUCAAGGAAAUGAAACUAAUCAAUGAAAGUGAAAUCAACGAGGGAGAGGAGGAACUUAAUGGAGAAGAAAGUGGUGAUGAGGUGGAGAGACUAACUGAAGAGGCUCAUAUGCCGCUGGACAAGGUCCUUCAGGCUUGCAUUGAGGACAAGAAACUUUUAAAGUACCUCAUCAACGUAGCCAAUCGAAACAAUGGUGAUGGGAGCAACGAUGAUGAAAUCAGUUCUAGUGAUGGAGAGGGUAUGGCCUCAGAAGAAGGCCUGGGAGGGGCAGAUAACAUUAAAGAGACCCAAAGAUCUCGUGUGUACUCUCAAUUUAUAAAAGAAUUAUCAGUUCAAUACAAACCAGCUCUGAAUGAACUGCAGACCAUGAUGGGAGAGGAUAGCUCAGAAGGAGAGGAGGAGGAGGAGGAGGAGGAGGAGGAGGAAGGACCUGGGGAAGGAGAAACAGAAGAGGAAGGAAAACCAGUCAUUGCUAAUAAUGUUAGGAAGAGAAAGAGAUGUGACGAAUCAGAUGAAGAUUUAAAAGACAGUAAGAGAUUGAAAGAAGGAAGACAAGAAAUGGGACAGGCCCUAGGAGAAGGGGGAGGAGCCAGAGGAGAAGGGGAAGGGGCUAAGGAAGAAGGAGAUGGAGAUGAGUAUCAUGAUUCCGAGGGACAUGAAAGUGGUUCUACAGCAACAGUUUGUCUAAUAAAGACUAAUAUACUGUAUGUAGCUAAUGCUGGAGACUCGAGAUGUGUAUUGUCAAGCAAUGGAGAGGCUGUCGACCUCUCACUGGAUCACAAACCCAUUGAUCCUCUUGAGAGGGAAAGGAUCGAGAGAGCAGGUGGACAUAUUGACGAAGAUCUAAGAGUCAAUGGAGGAUUGAACAUGUCUAGAGCAAUUGGCGACCACAUGUAUAAGACGAAUGAGACACUGCCCCUGAAAGAUCAAAUGAUAUCUGCUUAUCCAGAUGUACACACCAGACUCCUCCAGACACAAGAUCAGUUCUUGGUACUAGCUUCUGAUGGAAUAUGGAAUUGUUUAGACAGUCAACAAGUUGUGGAUUUUAUUAAUGCGAAACUACUGGAGGUCAGGAAUUCAAAGAAAGACCUGGUACUAUCUCAUAUUUGUGAAGAGCUAUGCGAUGCAUGUUUAGCAGAAGAUAUUGACAAUGAUGGAACUGGCUGUGACAACAUGUCUAUCAUUAUUACACUUUUAAAACCUUUUGACAAACUUUUCAAUGAACGAGACUUGCAGCAACAAUGAUCAAUGAUGACUGCUUUAUAUUAGUUUGUAUUAAUAUUUUGUUAUUAUUAUUUUAUCAUGAUGACAGAAUCAUUUUGUUUUCACACAUUGAGACAAGACUGUGCAAUGCAACUGUCACAUGAUCCAAUAUUGCAAGACAUGUGACUAAAAUAUUGGUCAUAAUGGCCAAACCAUAAUCUAUACCGAAGUACAAAUAUUUGACAAGUUUUACGGUUGCUUCUAGCAACACGUUAUCUUGAAAGGGGCUUGUCUCCGGCUUGCAACACGAGCCACUAUAAGAUAUGGAAACAACAGACCUUUGCUAUGGCAGCAACUGGCCAUCUGGCUGAGCAUGCAUAAUUCCCAAUUAAGCAAUUACAACCAGAGAUAUAGAUUACUGUUGCUAGGGUGGAAAUAUGCAGAUCAGAAAAGGGAGGGGUGACGUCUCUGUGGACUAUGAAAGCCGAUAAAAGGAGCUGUGGAGAGGAAUUCUAACCGUCAAGUAGCUUUUGAUCAGAAAUACAAUCAGCCACAAAAAAAGAUAAUGACACUUCUAGUUGUGUUGGUAGCUAUCUUAGUCCCUUCUCUCGUGCUGUCUUCCCCGACUGCUACAGCCUCAGGAGCAGCUCCGCACUCUCAACUCAAGCACAACUUGAAAGACCUGAUAAAUAAAGUGGACGAUCAAAUUUAUAACAAGAGCAAUGGUGCUAGCAACAUUACUCUCCUGGAAACUACAGUGAGGUUACUAGCUACAGUACAAGACCUGCCAACUGACUCGGGAGAUAUCAAAUCAGAUUUAAAGCUCAAGACCAUCAAAUCAAUUCACAAUAAAUCCACACUAGUAGAGACAUGCAAAAUGUUGAAAAUAAAAGACGUUCAUGAAUGCUCAGAGAAGAUCAGUGAACUGGACGUGUUAGUCAAACUUCGAACUGCACUCAAUUUUUAUGAUUCCGCAGUUAGACACCUUGGACAAUUUUAAUCAUUUUUUGAUAAUAAUAACUGACGAUAGCUAAUAAUUUGAACCCCCACUUAUAUUAAAUGAAAAUGUUUUAAAUUUAA